GAGAUUCACGAACGUAAACGGACGAACAAACAUCUGCUCGUGUUUGUUAAUUAACUUAACGAACAUAAUUUCUUGUCCGUAUUCGUUCAUUUAUUAAACGGACGAACAUAAACGAACUUUCUGCUGAACGGUUCACGAACUGUUUGCUAAACGCUCGUUUCUUUUACAACCAUAAUCAAAGAGCUUAUAGCCUAGCGAUACUAAGAAGUGAAGUGUGAGUUUUAGUCCCAUAUUAAACCUUGAUGUAAUAUUUAGAAGCAGAUUUAGUGAGCAUGCGAGUUUGCCGUUCUUAAAACCAUUAGGGUAUACGGUGUGGUCGGUAAAGGGGCGCGGCAAAGUCGGUUUGCCGAGCGGCAACACCGCCGCCAACCCCUUUACCGAUCGGUGUGGUAAAUGGAGCGGCAACCGCUUGCCGACGCGGGGAAGAAGAGAGAGAGUGAGGGAGCAGGAGAGAGAGAGGGAGUGUAUGAGAGAGAGGGUGUUCUGGGGUGGGGUCCAUGCCAUCUCUCAACCAAUCACACCUUUUUCCUUUUUUUUAAAAAAAAAAAAGUUUACCACUUCACAAGUGUUUAAACCAUUGCCAACACUUUUCACCAAAGUUUAAACACUUUUCACUGAUUGACGUGGCACACUCUCAUUGGUUGAUUUUUUAGUUUGCCACUCCAAAGUGUUUAACCACUCCUUACACCCUUAAUGUCAAACUUUCUUUUUAGCCUUCCAAAAUACUGAAUUUACAUCCAUAAUUACAUCCAAAUUUGAUCAUAAUCUCACCAACUUGAGUAAAUAUGAUGUCUACCACCACACACAUCAAAACACACACAAUAUGGCAUCAUUGAAUACCACCACCUGCUUUUGUUGAUAAUCUCACCAACCCAUGACACAUUUAUGAACACCCUUCACUCUUCACAAUCUCCCACUCACUCUCUCUCUCUGCACUAGAUUCACAAUUUCCAACAUUUCACCCUCUUUUUCUUCUUUUUUAUUUAAAAAAGUUGGAGCCUUUUUUCAUUCCCCUUUGAAAAAACACUCAAAAAAUCAGCUAAAAAAUUCUAGUAAAAAAAAAAAAAAAAAGACCCUUUUGUUCUUGAAGUGUUUUUUUUCUUCAACAUUGUUACCUUCUUCUUUUUUUUUUUUUGUUUUUUUUUUGGUAAUUUACAAAAAUGGGGUUUGCUGUAUUAGCUUCCAUAGUGAUUCUAACCCUUUUCUUGAAGUCAACUUAUGGUCAACAACAAGACCAAUCAAUACCCAAUUCAGAUGAGUACUUCAUCUCUCAAUUCUUUGAGAAAAUGAGUACAAAUUCCACAAAAAGCACUCAUCUUUACAAUCUUUCUUCACCUGUUUGUUCAUGGCAGUUUGUGUUUUGUGAUGCUAAUCAACAAACUGUCAUUGGUCUUAUUGCACCUAAUCUUGGGCUCACAGGCCCAAUUCCUGAUACCACCAUUGGCAAACUGAAAACCCUUCAGUUUCUUGAUUUAAACACUAAUCAAAUCAAUGAUUUUUCAUCUGAUUUUUGGAGCUUAACUUCACUCAAAAGCCUUAACCUUUCAAACAAUAAUUUCUCCAUUAAUCUUCCAACCAACAUUGGUAACUUUGGAUCACUUGAAAAACUUGAUCUUUCUGUCAACAAUUUUGUUGGAAACAUCCCUGAGUCUUUCACUUCUUUAACUGGUUUACAAAAUCUUAACCUUAACCGAAACCGGUUCGAUUCGGUUAUUCCAUUAGGGAUCACAAGCUGCCACUCUUUGACUUCCAUUGACCUUUCAGUUAACAAUUUUCAUGGAAGUCUUCCUCAAGGGUUUGAUACUGCAUUUCCUAAGCUGAAAAGCUUGAAUCUUGCUGCAAAUUUGAUCACAGGGAAGGGUUCCGAGUUUUCGAAAAUGGUUUCUUUGAAUUAUUUGAAUGUUUCCAAGAAUCUUUUUAAAGGUUCUGUUGUUGAAAUCUUUAAUGGGCCAUUGGAGAUUGUUGAUUUGAGUAGUAAUUGUUUUGAGGGUCAUAUUUCUCAAGUGGCAUUUGAUUGGUCUCAUUUGAUUCAUCUUGAUUUAUCUGAUAAUGAGAUUAGUGGAAUGUUUUUUAGUAAUUUUACAUUGUCACAAGCCCUUAAUCUUAAGCAUUUAAAUCUUGCAAAAAACAGGUUUUUUAAACAAAGUUUUAUACAAAUUAGUGAACUUUAUAGUUUAGAGUACCUUAAUCUAUCAGAAACCAAUAUGAUUGGUCACAUUGGUAACCAAAUUUCAGAAUUAACUCAUUUGAAAACACUAGAUCUUUCAAACAAUCAUCUUGUUGGUAAAAUUCCACUUUUGCCCUUCAAAACCCUCCAAAAUCUUGAUCUUUCAAACAAUAAUUUAACUGGAGACAUACCCUUUUCACUCCUGCAAAAACUCCAGUGGAUGGAAAGAUUCAAUUUUUCUUACAACAAUUUGAGUUUUUGUGAUUCGGAGCUUUCGGUCGAAACGGUUCGAUCGGCGUUCAUCGGGUCGACAAACAGUUGCCCGAUCGCUGCAAACCCGACGUUUUUCAAGAAAAAGAUGCAUAAACAAAGGGGACUCAAGGUUGCUUUGGGUUUAGCUACCACUUUGAUCAUUUUGCUUGUCGGUUUGUUGCUUUUCGCGUUCGGGUGCCGGAAGAAAACCCGAAUGUGGGAUGUUAAAAAGUCUUGUAACGAAGAAAACGUCAUUUCUGGCCCGUUUUCGUUCAAAACGGAUUCCACCACUUGGGUUGCGGAUGUAAAGGUUGCAUCUUUAGUCCCUGUAGUGAUUUUCGAGAAGCCGUUGUUGAAUUUCACCUUCUCGGAUCUUUUAUCCGCCACGUCGAACUUUGAUCAGGGUACCCUUUUGGCUGAAGGGCGGUUUGGGCCCGUUUAUCGAGGCGUUUUAGGUGGUACGGUUCAUGUUGCUAUUAAGGUUCUGGUUCAUGGCUCCACCAUGACCGAUGACGAGGCUGCAGCCGAGUUCAUGCAUCUUGGCCGGAUUAAACACCCGAAUCUUGUUCCUUUGAUGGGUUACUGUUUAGCGGGUGAACAGCGAAUCGCGAUUUAUGAUUAUAUGGAAAAUGGGAAUUUGCAUAAUCUGUUGUAUGAUCUUCCUCUUGGAGUUCAUGUGAAUGAAGAUUGGAGCACCGACACGUGGGAAGAUCAAGAAACUAACGAUAACGAUAUUCAAAACGUGGGGUCCGAAGCUUUGUUGAUGACGUGGCGGUUCCGGCACAAGAUCGGGCUCGGGACCGCCCGUGCACUGGCGUUUCUCCACCACGGAUGUUCGCCACCAAUCAUUCAUCGAGAUGUGAAAGCGAGCAGCGUUUAUCUUGAUUACUACCUUGAACCGAGGUUAUCAGAUUUCGGGCUCUCAAAGAUCUUUGGGAACCGAGUCUGCGAUGACAUGGCACUUGGGUCCCCUGGGUACGCCUCGCCAGAUGGCGCAAUCACAACAAAAUCUGACGUUUAUGGAUUCGGGAUGGUGCUUCUUGAGCUCAUUACGGGUAAAAAGCCUGUUGGUGAUGAGUAUCCAAACGAGGAUAACUCAAAAGCGCAAGAUUUGGUUAGUUGGGUUAGAGGGCUUGUGAGGGUGAACCGUGGCUCACGAGCCAUAGACCCCAAGAUUCGAGCCACGGGUGAUGAAGGUCAAAUGGUUGAAGGUUUGAAAAUCGGGUAUCUAUGUACAGCUGAUCUUUCAUCGAAGCGACCAAGCAUGCAACAAGUCGUUGGACUUCUUAAGGAUAUCGAACCAGUAUGAGAUAUCACACGGUUUCCUUGUUAAUUGUUUCGUUGUUAGCAGACGUUUGUAACGGACAUUGUACUUGUUUUCGUGGUUGUUAACUUGUUAUGCAAGAAAUCGACGGAGCCAUUAAGCUAGCUAAAACAUGAUUAUUAUUAAAUGUUGAUCCAAAUUGCAAGUCACAAAGAAACAAUCGUUUUUGUAAAAUGACUAAAAUACCCUUAUUGUAAUUACCGCGGCUCUUUUUUUGAAGCAGGUAUGUAGUAUGUGGGGUCCAUUUGGUCAGAUUUAACCACAAAAAUUAACUGAGUUAGGGCUAAAGGACAUAACUUGCAAGGGUUUGCAAACAUCGAGUACGUUUUCUGUAAUUAUUGCAGACAAAGGACACAGUUUGCAAUAAGUGACAUACAUAAAGGACGAUUUUUGUAAUUUACUCUUUACACAAUUAUCAAUUUUGGAACACGGUCAAAUUUUUAACGCGCGAUAAAAAAAAAAGUUAAACAUGAGCAUAUAAAUCGACCCGAAAUAGAAAACAGCUCAAAGUUUACCUUGUCUACACCUUGAUUACAGGCAUACACCAAAGCAUCAGCAAGUGUAAGUCUGCCUUCAGCAUCCGUGUCG